AUGUCUUACGACCGAGUUCUCCCCAACCCGGCCUCUCUACGCUAUGAGUCUGCUCCAGUCUCAACCCUGCCCAGACCCAGCGAUCUCCUCGAUCACAAAAUUAUGAACGACCAUCUGCCCAAGUCCUACAUGGCUCUGCCGCAUCGUCCAGGUCCGGGAGGUAUGUCUCCUGUCGCCGAGAAUGCAAGAUAUACUUCUUCUGCUUCCGAGAUGCGGCCCAACGGCGUGGCUCAGACGCAUCGACAUUUGGCUUCGUAUGGUCGGGCGAGAGGCUCGAUUAAGAUUGAGUCUGCGAUGUCGCCGAUGCAGCAGCAUGUGAAGCCCGGGCCGAUGAUUUCUACGAAGGAUUUGGCUAGAGAUCGGAGUGCCUCUUCUUCGGGGAGUUCCAGUCCGACCAAGUCUGCGAAGAGUGAAGGUUUGCAGUUUUGUUUGUGUCAGCCGGAUCCGAAGAUUCCCAGACCGAGAAAUGCUUUUAUUCUGUAUCGUCAACAUUGGCAGUCGCUCGUGGUGGAGAGAAACCCUGGUAUGGCCAACCCGGAGAUUUCCAAGGUCAUUGGAGAACAGUGGAGGCAGCUUUCCGAGGAGGAUAAGAGUGAAUGGAAGGCCCUAGCGGAGGAAGAGAAAGCCCGCCAUGCUCAGCAGUAUCCUGAUUACCGCUACCAACCAAGACGAGUUGGUCGUGAUGGCUCCUCUCGAAACAACGCCGGCAUCAGCCAUAAUCCCAAUGGUGGAUCAACUUGCAAUCGAUGUCAUGGCCGCAUCAUGAAUGCCCCUUCGACUCCAAUGACUCCCUUCACUCCAAUGGUCAGCCAGGGCCACCGUGGGAGUUUCUCGGGUCCACCAUCAUCGCGUCCUCAUGUAGUCACCACCACCGUGAUGACCGCCAGCAGCUCGCAGUGCCGUAAAAAAGCGGAUAGAGCCCCCAAGCCAAUUCGCAUUGACCAGAUCGAACGGCCUCGGCACAGAAAAAUGGAAGAAGAAGAAGAAGAAGAAGUCAUGUCCCCUGAGAUCAAGCGUCGGCGUCUUUCUUAUACUUCGUUGAAGCCACCCAUGCACGCUCAUCGAGACCGCAGUCCUGAAUCGCCAUACCCGAUGACUCCGUACAGUGCACCCGCCAAUGUCCAUCAAUCUCGCAGCAUGUUACCCAUGAUGCACUCGCAGCCAGGCUAUGAAGGCGCACCAGUCCAAUCCCAAUCCCAGCCUCAACCCCAAGGCCAAACCAUCGCAGUCCCAGAUCCAAGCUUGAAACUGCCCCCUCUGCAAACCGCCAUUCCCUCCACACCACUGACGCCCUUGUCAACCGCUGACUCCAGCGUCGAAGCAGCCGUCAUGACAAUCCCCUUCUUGAACAAAAUCAAACUCCUCUCCAAAAUCUCUCCUCCGCUCGUCCCGUCAUUCCGCGAGAAUGCAUCCCGCGGACCGGUCAUCGCUGUGGACGGCCAGGAUCCGGAUCUCGUUCGCACUGCCGUGGAGUACCUGCAACGUCUCCUACAGAAGGAGGACAAAUUCAGCGUGCGUGUCUUCAAGGGUCCGGAUGUUCAAGCUCCGCGAUCUUCAGAUGGUGGUCCCAUGGGUGAUGCCACGGUGGAUUACCUGAAUACCAUCUCUGCCUGGCACCGCAUCUCAGACGAUAUUAUUGGGUUCGUCAAGUCUGUUUCCACAUCGCAGUCACCGGGCACAGAUACACCAUCCAAUACACACACAAACACAGAGCCAACCACCGACCAAGACCGUACUCGUUCCCGCACAACCCCAGACGGCUCCGCCUCCCCAAGAGCAAUAAUCCCCAAAACAGCAACCCUAAACAUCCACUCCCCCGAAUCCACCUCCGCAGACUCCGAAACCUCCAUAAAAACACCCAACACAACAAAAUCCACCCUGUCCCACACGCCCGCACCCCCAUCCACCUCCCCAAACCCAACCCGAACACCAACACCUACUCCUGUCGCCCUCGUCCCCCGCUACCAACUCACAACAGCAGAUACAUUCGCCUGCAACAUCCCCAUCAACGACUCCUACGCCCCGCUAGACCACUGGCAGUGGAUGGCGAGUCUUUGGCGUGCGUGUGUGGGUCCGGAUAUCACUGUUUAUGUAAGGGAGUGUUCGAGGGAGGAGGUUGAGAGGGUUGGGGCUGUGGAGAUUCGGUUGGAGGAUUUUAGGACGGUGGUUUUGAGGAAGGCCUUCGGUACUGGUGGUAAUGGGGUUGGGGGUGGGGUGGAGGAGAAGGUUUUGAGGAGGAUGGGGUUUGAGAUUGAGGAUUAUUUGACGCAGUAG